CGGCAGUAGCCGCCAGCCCCGGGGUAUGCGGGUGAGCGGGAGAGGAACGCGGAGGAAGGCGGAGAGCGGCGGGGAGCGGGGCGAGGGAGCCCGGCCGAGCCCUCCCGAGCGGCGGAGGAUGCGCCGAGCCCCGGGGAGUCGAGCCCAGCUGCAGCGCGGCGCGUCCCGCCCGGCCGCCGCCCCAGCCCGCGCAGCCCCCUGUGCCCUGGAGCCAUGAGCUGCCCUCAGUGCCCGCAGAGCCACCAGAGCAGCCUCCCAGCCACAGCCCCACGGCACUCUUAGGCUUCCCUGCCCCCCUGGAAGGUGCUCAUCUCUGGCCAGGAGAACCAGCUGCACCUGCACCCAGCCUCCUGCAUCCCUCCCAGGUUCCUUGCAUCACCAGCAGAUCCUUGUAGGGUUUCAGCUCUGUGCAUGAGUGGAAAGCAGAGGAGAGGCCAAAGCCCAGUGCACACCUGGCAUCUGAUCCCCCAGCAUCCUGCCUUCAUCUGACCCAGGUGAGAGAUAGGAUGGUAGCUGGGGAGGCGAGUAUGCGCAGCCCAAUCCUGGCCUGCUGGCAGCCGAUCCUCCUGCUGAUGCUGGGGUCCAUCCUGUCCGGCUCCGCCACGGGCUGCCCGCCGCGCUGCGAGUGCUCCGCCCAGGAGCGCGCCGUCCUGUGCCACCGCAAGCGAUUCAUGGUCGUGCCAGAGGGGAUCCCCACCGAGACCAGGCUGCUGGACUUGGGCAAGAACCGCAUCAAGACGCUCAACCAGGAUGAAUUUGCCAACUACCCUCACCUGGAGGAGCUGGAGCUAAACGAGAACAUUAUCAGUGCCAUUGAACCUGGGGCUUUCAACAACCUCUUCAACCUCAGGACGCUGGGGCUCAGGAGUAACAGACUCAAGCUGAUCCCUUUGGGGGUGUUUACUGGACUCAGCAACCUUACCAAGCUAGACAUUAGUGAGAAUAAAAUUGUGAUCCUCCUAGAUUACAUGUUCCAGGACUUGUACAACCUGAAGUCUUUGGAGGUGGGUGACAACGACCUCGUCUACAUCUCCCACCGGGCCUUCAGUGGCCUCAACAGCCUGGAGCAGCUGACCCUGGAGAAAUGCAACCUGACCUCCAUCCCCACGGAGGCCCUGUCUCACCUUCACGGCUUGAUCGUGCUGCGGCUGCGCCACCUGAACAUCAACACCAUCCGGGAUUACUCAUUCAAGAGGCUGUACCGGCUCAAGGUCCUCGAGAUCUCACACUGGCCCUACCUGGAUACCAUGACAUCCAACUGCCUCUAUGGGUUGAACCUGACCUCCUUGUCCAUCACCCACUGCAACCUGACGUCCAUCCCGUACGUGUCGGUGAGGCACUUGGUUUACCUCCGGUUCCUGAACCUGUCCUACAACCCCAUUGUCACCAUCGAGGGCUCAAUGCUCCAUGACCUGCUCAGGCUCCAGGAGAUCCAGCUGGUGGGAGGGCAGCUCACCACGGUCGAGCCCUUCGCCUUCCGCGGCCUCAAUUACCUGCGCAUCCUGAACGUGUCAGGGAACCUGCUGACCACCCUGGAGGAGUCAGCUUUCCACUCGGUGGGCAACCUGGAGACGCUCAUCCUCGACAACAACCCCUUAGCCUGCGACUGCCGGCUGCUCUGGGUUUUCCGGCGGCGAUGGAGGUUGAACUUCAACAAGCAGCAGCCCACCUGCUCCACCCCUGAGUUCGUCCAGGGCAAGGAGUUCAAGGACUUCCCUGACGUCCUCCUGCCCAACUACUUCACCUGCCGCCGAGCACGAAUACGGGACCGCAAACCUCAGCAGAUCUUUGUGGACGAAGGCCACACGGUGCAUUUUGUCUGCCGGGCAGAUGGGGACCCGCCGCCCACCAUCAUGUGGCUGUCUCCCCGCAAGCACCUCAUCUCUACCAAAACCAACGGGCGGCUCACUGUCUUCCCUGACGGCACGCUGGAGGUGCGCUACGCCCAGAUCCAGGACAAUGGCACCUACCUAUGCAUCGCCAGCAACGCGGGUGGCAACGACACCAUGCUGGCCCACCUGCACGUGCGCAGCUACUCCCCAGACUGGCCCCACCAGCCCAACAAGACCUUCGCGUUCAUCUCCAACCAGCCCAACGAGAGCGAUGCCAACAGCACGCGCGCCACCGUGCCUUUCCCCUUUGACAUCAAGACUCUCAUCAUCGCCACCACCAUGGGCUUCAUCUCCUUCCUGGGCGUCGUGCUCUUCUGUCUGGUGCUCCUCUUCCUCUGGAGCCGCGGGAAAGGCAACACCAAGCACAACAUUGAAAUCGAGUACGUGCCACGGAAGUCCGACGCGGGCAUCAGCUCUGCCGACGCGCCGCGCAAGUUUAAUAUGAAAAUGAUUUAACCAGGCGACAAUUUGCAAAUAAUAAUGGUGUUGUUUUGUUUUGUUUUUUUUUUUAAAAAAAAGAACAAA